AUGAACAAAGAGGUCAUCGAACAAGUGUGUGGACAUCCAGUGAUAAUAGGAGAGCAAAAUGAUGCUUCCUUGUUCAUCGCCGACAUUUUAGACACUUAUCGAACACUUACAAAGUCACCAUUUUUCUGUACAAAGAUCGAGAAAACAAUGCAGUGCUCUCACUGUGGAUCGACUCGGCAGAGGGUGGACGAUAACUUUAUGAUAACAAUUGGGAGUGAAGGGGCUGUCAAAGAGAGUUUGGACCAUCUUGCACCGGACGAGCAAAUGGAGUUGGACUGUGAUAUUUGUCAUUGCAAAGUAAUUCAUUCAAUCAGAAGUAAAACUAAAGCGUCUGAUACAUUACUUAUUGGGUUAAACAGAGUUUCGAAUCAAUUGGUGAAGUCUGACAGAUACAUCGAGGUACCUUCAACAGUUUAUGACUAUCAAAUUACAGGAAUGGUAAUACACAGAGGAACUUAUGUCAGUGGGCAUUACACUACCUUGGCUCGAGGGUAUAACGACGAAUGGUUUUGGUUCAAUGAUAGUUAUGUGAAGAAGGUGAAUUUCGAUUUUGCACUUCAACUUGCUAAUGGUGGUAAUCCAAAUGACUGGAAUGCGUUUGUCUUGCUCUAUGAAAAACACCCAACAUACUCUGAACCAAUUGAUAGAGUACCUUCAACAGACCAAAUGAUUUCAAAGGUCGUCGUACAUUCUGUUGAGUUCUAUAACAUCAUGAAGAGUCUAAUUCCGUAUUUGAGCGAUGCAGACAGCCAAACCAAAAAGAUGUUUUUAAACAGUUUUGGAGAGGUCAUUAAAUUGUCACCCGACAGAGAUUUGCUGCUCCAAGCACUCAAAGAAAAGAAAACAAUUGAAUCGCCAACUUUUGAAGGUGAGGUGAUGACACUUGAGAAGACGAAUAGAUACAUCAAGAUAGGUAAAGUUGAAGAGAGAAAUGAACUCUUCAUACUUUUGGCACAAAGUUCCAACAAAACUGUUUAUAUCAGUAAAUUGGUUGAUUAUCUGCUGACUGAAUUUGUCGACAAAAUGCCGUCAUUCCUUAAGUCGAUGUUUUCAAGAGCAAAUGAAAUACUCGAGAAAGUCGUGGGAAAUGGCCCAAUAGAUGGAUUGCCUUUGGACAAAAUCGAUGAGUUUGUGUUACAACAACGUGAUAAGUGUGUGAGUUACUGCGCUACUGAAUUUUAUAAUUUGGUUGGGUUGAUGUUACUUGUAUUUGACAACACCAAGGACUCGACUGUUGUAAUUGAAAGAAUGCGGCCUUCCAGUUUACAACUUCCUAAAAGUGGAAUUCAGUGGGCCGAGUUAUUCAAAGUACACAAAUUGGUGUUGACCAGAUAUUAUCCACACGCCAUUAUUGAUAUCCAAUACAAAUACCUCCAAAGUUUACUCACCUUGUACGUGGGAAACAAAGAGUCGGCUGCUUUUGUCAUUAAGAUCUUUCAAGUGUUGCGCAUUUAUCCGCUUUGCCAAGGAGUGGUGGAUGGUUUAAAGAAUCAAAUGAUGCUUCUUGAAAAAACAGAGAAAGUCCAUAGAGAGCUUGCAGAUGAGUUCCGUGUUUUUAUUACGACUCAAGAGUCUUAUCUACUCUAA